UGCCCCAUGCAACCCGAUGGUGGGUGGGCGUGGUCUGCCGGCACGAGGAGGGAGCGAGGAGCGAGCCGCGAAAAAGAUGGCGUCCGUCCGCUAGGCGGUCUGGGAGCGGCGGCGGCAGACGGCGAGCUCGGGAUGCCCUCCCCUCUCGCAUCAUUUGUCUCGUCUCGCUGUCGUCUCGCCGCCUGUUAAGAGCGACGGUGGGUCGCUUUGUCGGUAAAUAGGAGGAGGAGGAAGACGAGAGGCGCUACGUUGGUGGAGGCGACAAGAAUGUCAGCCCUGGACAUGUUAGGCGAGCUCGGAUACGUGGCCGCGGCUGCAGGAAGCGGCGGUGGAGUUGGUGGUGGUGGCGUUGCCGUUGGCGGUGGUGGCGUCGGAGGUGCUGCUGGCUUUAGAGGAGGAGGAGGCGGUGGAGUUGGUGGUGGUGGCGGCGGCGGCGGAGUAGGUGGUGGUUAUGGAGGAAUUGUUGGUGGUGGUGGCUAUGGAGGAGGAGGAGGUGGUGCUGGUGGAACUGGUGGUGCUGGUGGCAUCAGCGCCGAACUGGAGGUGAAGAAGCUCCAGGAGCUGGUGCGCAAGCUGGAGCAGCAGAACGAGCAGCUACGCAGUCGCUCGGGACCCCUUCAUGGCCCGAAGGCGACCAAAGCUGCGCCCCAGGGCCCUCUCCGCGAGCUGCCGGCCACCCACCCGAGCCCUGGAAACGGCUGGGCACGGCAAUCCGGGCUUGCCUACGUGGCCGACCCCGACAACUGUUUUGGUGGCGGCUUCACGAGCAGCCCCCGCUUCGGUAGCCCCGAGUUGGGCCGUCGGGCCCUGCGAGACGGCCUCGUGAUGAAGGGCCAGCCACAGGGUGGAAAGAACUCCCCCAUUCUUCCUGCUGGCGCAAGGGCGGCGCAGAGCGGGAGCGAGGACGAGGACGGCGGCGGUAGCAGCGGCGGCAGCAGCAGCAGCGGCAGCAUUGGCAACCUCACGCUGGAUGAGGUGGAACUGCUGGACCUCGCCAGCCUGAGCGGCGAGCGCGAGGAGGACAGCUGGCUGUACGCGUCGCCCGUGAAGGCCGGAAGCACCUCCCUGAGUCCGCUGCAGUGGAGUCGCCAAGUCCUGGACCACCCGAGUCCGCAGAUGGUGGCCGCCAAGCGCUCGCUCACACAGAGGCUCGACGCCACCAUGUUCGCCAACAACCGCCGAAGCUUCGUCUGCAACCCUUACGCGAGCGCCUCCUGCCACGGCACGCCGCGCUAUGCCGGCCUUACCGCCGCUAGCCUUAGCGGCGCUGCCACCAGCCUUAGCGCCGCGCGUGAGUCCCUGACCCUCUUGGGCCACCGGCAACAGCAGCAGCAGCAGCAGGCGAUCGCAAGCCCGUACGGGAGCCCCGUUUCCUACAGCGACGAGCGCCGGGCGACCGCCUUCCCGAUGCCGUCGUUGUUCUCGCCGUACCCGGGCGCCGCCGGGGGCAGCGGCGCUUGCUCGCCCCUCUCUCCCCAUCCCUCGUCGUCGGCCGACAGCGAGCCCAGCGUGCCGGGCAGCCGCGUGAGCGAGCCGGGCAGCCGCGUGAGCGAGCCCUCCGUCUACGUGUCGCUCUCGCAGUCCAUGGAAACGGAGAGCGACGACGACGACAUCAUUGGCUGCGUUGGCGGGGACAGAGAUGACGACUUCAGCGCGGGUGCCUACAAGCUUCAGGAUGUGACGGACGUUCAGAUCCUUGCACGGAUGCAGGAGGAGAACCUGCGCCAGGAGGCGUCCGCUAGCGCCUCCCGCCGGAGCUCUGGUGCGUCGUCGGCGCAGUCGCUGCGCGGGUACAGCCUUGCCUCCAGCGACCAGGAGCUGGACCGCGACGAGCCCCGGCACGGCGCCGGUGAGCACGAUGGCGAGUAUGCCGCCGGCGACGACGAAGUGGAGGAAGGCGACGAUGAGGAGGAGGAAGAGGACGAGGGCUACGUCGUCUCGCACCGGGACCGCCGCUUGUCGCGUCCGAUGGCGGCGGCGUCGCGCGAGCUCCUCGCGCGCCGCCUGGCACCGUCUCCCGCUGUCCGGCAACAGCAGCAGCAACGGCAGCAGCAGCAGCAACGGCAGCAGCGGCGUGUGGCGUCGCCGCGCUCGCGAUCACCUUGCCCCACCGAGUCCGGCGGGAGGGCGUCACCGGCGGGAGCGGCGGCGCCGCAGUCGGCGCAGCUGGUGCAGCUGGCUCAGCUGGCGCAGCUGUCGGCGUUUGCGGGAGCGUACGGGCAGCGCGGCGCGGCGAAGCUUUCGCUGCCCGGUCAGCACGCGCCGGUGCUGGAGCUGGUGCAGCACCGGCAGGCGCACGAUGAUGAGAGGAUGAGAGGGAGCUUACCCAACCUGUUCCGCCCGCCCUCCGCUGGCUCCACGGCCAUCGACAGCACGGCCCUGGGCGUCCGCAGCAGCCGUAGCCUCGAGUCGAACCUGCAACUUCCGGGAGCGGUGGCCUCCCUGCGUCCGUCCGGGCUGCGGCAACCGCAAGGCGCUUCAUCCUCGAGCCGACUGCGCCCGCCAUCUGGCUGCGGCAUCCCCGUGAGUCCGAUGGCACGGCAGCUCAAACCGCCCACGUCACUUGGAUCAUCCGGCACGCUCCCAACCCCCUCCGUCUCCUUCCCCACCGCCGGUGCCACUCUCCCUGGUGCCAGUCGGCUGUCAACACCGCCGUCGUACGGCUCGCUCGCCUUCUCCGUGCCGGCGCCGGGACGGCAGUCCAGCACCCCGGCCGCCGGCACAGGAAGGCUCGUGCCGACGACCGGCAGGCACAGCCCCGGUGGGGCCAGCGGUAUCCCCAUCGCAGGACGGCAAAGCCCCGGCUCCAUGUCCGCCUCCGGCGCCGCCGCUUCUUCCCCGUCCUCCUCUUCGGCCUCCGGCUGCUCUCCCUCGGCGCUGGGAACCGGCGCGGGACCCGGGCUGGCUCGGCCGGCGCCGGCGGGCCCUGGCACCGGUGCGGCCGUAAGGAGCGGGCUGCCGCGGCUCGGUGCGCCGGGAAGCGGUGCAUCCCGGAGCAGGCUGGCGCAGCCUGUACGCAGAUCCCUGCAGCCCCCCAAAACCUACAGCACUUUUAGAGACGACUCGUGGAACGAAGGCUGCUACUGAGCGGCCGAGGACGGCCGCCGCCGCCACCACCACCACCACCAACCUCCUUCUCGUGACGCCUUCACCGCGUAACUGUCGGCACUUGCUACGCCCGCGUAAUGGCUCACGGUUGCCAUCUGCGUUUACAGAUGGUGUUUCAUCCUCGCCACCAUCGUCAUUGUCACCACCACCACCGCAGUCACGAGCGUUGUUUAUUUUUUUUUGCUGAAAGACGAUGGCUGGACUGCGCCUUUGUCUUGGGUGAAGGGAGUGAGAAACAGGGUUUUUUUAGAAGGGCUGCCGUGAUGGUUGUUGCUGCGAUGAACAAAGCGAUUCGUGUUUUGUGCGAAUAAGCGUUGAUUCAGAGCGCUUAUGAGUCAGGGUAAUAGCUAAGCAUGGAACGAUUCACCACCACACCUGGCACUUUGAUAAAUAUCACGAUUCGGGGUAUUAAUUCCAUUCAAGAACCAAUCCGGUUUUUUUUGUUUCCAUUUUUACCGUCUUGUUUGUAUUUCUUCUUUUUUCCCCAUCACAUUUGUUACUGCUCCAUUCACUCCGUGUACCUGAACGUAGAAUUCGCAUGACAGUUUUCUGACAGUUGCAAAUAGUCGAUUCUCACACAAACGAUUCAAUGCGUGCGUCUUGAGCACGCGAAUCGAUUUUAACCGUCGAGUCGGUGGAUCGUUGCAUGCUUGGUCAUGGUGAGGACGGUUGAAGGUCCGCUUCUCUGCGGUUUCUGGAGAGCGACGGCUUUGACGAUUUGGGACGCGGCAACCUGCCAACACCGCCGUUUACAGAAAACGAUAAUCCGUUAAUAUAGCUCGCGCGCCAAAAUGUAACAGUUUUACUUGGUUUUGUUUUCUCGCCGUCUGAGCGCUUGACGUUUCUUUUGAGCGCCACGCUUCUGCCGGCAGCCCGCUCCCUUCUUGUCCCGCCCCCCCCGCCCCACGCGGCCACGGUGUAGGGAUGCAAAAUAACGGCUAGCAGAGACAAUCUGGCAGCGAUCGGCUGAGAGGUAGGGUUAAUGGUGUACGCAGCAUCUUGUAUCAGUGAGUGAGGGUUAGGUCUGUACAUCAGCGUCACGGGCAAGUUGGGUUAGGAUUAUGUGUAGUAUCACAUGAAAUUGGAUUUGAGAUACACACAAGGUCACAGGUAAUUGGGUUAGGGCUAUAUGCAGGAUUACACUUCAGUUGGGUUAAGGUUGGAACUACAGUACGCUCCACAUCACAUGUCUGUUGGGUCAUGGCUGUAAGCAUCGUCAAAAGUCAAGUGGGAUAUAGCAAGGGCUGUACGCAGCAUCACGUGAGAGAGGUUACAGCUAUACAGCACAUGCAGUGUCCAGUUCAUUGAGUCUUCAAACAAUAUUAGACAUCAGUUGAGUUCAGUCUAUAAACUGGAUCAAAUGUCAUUUGGGCUAGGGCUCUGCACUGCAUUAUAUGCCGGUUGGGUUAGGGUUAGGGAUGUGCCCAACAUAAUGUGACUUGGUUAUAGGGUUCUGCACAGCAUUACUCCUCAGUUGGGUUUGAGUUAGGGCUCUACACAGUAUCACGUGUCAGACGGGUUGGGGUUAGGGCUACACACUAUCACAUGUCAGUGGGUUGGGGUUAGGACUGUACAUAGCAUUACACUUGAGUUGUGUUAGGGUUAUACACAGUACCGCAUGCCACUUGGGUUAGGGACGUACUAUUUGCAGUGUCCACACGUCAGUUACUUCGUGCUAAAGACCACCCUCUCACGGGCCUUUCGGUGGCCGUACUUUGCAACUGUCGAGCCAUGGUGUUUGCUGGACACUGUUGCUCACCGUCACAGGGCCACUCGUGCUGCUGGGAAGAGCAAGGGGCUAAGUUGGCCCACCGGGAGACUCAAAAUGUUACACGCGUCAUUGACAUGGCCUCGUGAGCUGAAGUGGACGUUUUUAUUCCACAUACCCCUCUCCCUCCAUUCUACAGAUGCCCUGCCCCACAUUCUACAGGUGGUUGAGUGCUGGUUAUUGUAAAAGUGGAGUUUCGGUCGUACGAUGUUGGCGCUUUAGCUAGCGGUCAAGUUUUUGGUGAAGUCGACAAGUCGAUGGUUGCUGUAAAGCUCGCUGCCGUGUCAUAGCACUCAUCCCUUGCUGUUGUGCACAGGGAGGGACUUCUCCUCGUUUUGGUUUUGACAGAACCAAAAGGAAACCUCGAUAGCUCAUCCAUUCUCAUCCCAAACGUAUUUUUGCUGUAUUUACACACACAGACACUUGGUGGUUCCUCCCUUGGCAUAUGUGUACGUGCUACAGCUGCCAUACUGUUUAUCUUUAUUGUUUUUAAAUCGCUCUGAUCUCCCAAAUGGGGGGAAAAAAGCAAAGUUGCCAUAAAAUGGGUUCACCAACUAUGAGAGCCCAGAUGUUCUCACCUGAAUCUCAGACUUUUUCACCCGUUUAUAAGUGAUGAUGUCUGUUGUACUUACAUUUGCGAUGACUUGAAGAUCACAAAAGGCUCUCAAAGUAUGCAUUGCGCUUUGCGCUGACAGCCGAGUCAUAAUAUUUAAUUACAAAAAGUAUUAUUUUCUUUUCUUUAAAGCUAAAAAGAAUAAUUCAGUAUUUAUUGAUACUGCCUGCCAAACGAUAUUUUAUUAAUGUUUAAUGCAUGCCGUUUAUUUUACCACAAGUGCAUAUUAGUGUUGUUAAAUUCUCUCUUUGCGCUUGCGAAGUCUCGCAAGCGGACACGCUAUUUAUCGGUGUAUGUGAGUCAACCCGUGCCUUGUUCAUUCACAGUCCCUGUGGUUAGCUUCAGAGGUGAACGGAAGCAGCGGCAAUGGAGAGAUCGCUCACAAACUCCACUGUGCGUUGUUGUGAAAAAUUAUGGGUAAAAGCAAACAUAAGCAGAAAUCCGUUCUGUUUCCACAUAUAAAUAAAAAAUCUUUUUUGAAAUCAUUAAGCCAAUUGGCUCCCGAGACCAAUAUCAAGCAAAAUGUAUUCAAGCAAAUAAACGCUGGACCGAUUUAUUUAUGUAUAUUUAUUAAAGGCCGGUGACAUGGCUUCCCGUUAGUAUGUUCACCUCUCGUUGCAGGGGUUCACAGUUCGAAUGCUUUGGCCGUCUUGGUUAUUUCUGCGGUGUGCAUUCACCGUAAAUAUACUGCCUCGAAGUGGACGUUAUAAAGAUCUCUGUGACGUCAUUCGCUAGAGUAUGCCAUUCUGUGCCAGCGUUGUGACCCAAGUUUAAAAAAUUACACCUCACUUGGGAUUAUAGCAAUCAUUGUCUUGUCACUGAGAAAACUUGGCAAGACUGUCCUGAAAAAAUUGUCGUGAGCCAUAGUUGAGGCUCUCCUGGGUAAACAAGCAUAAUAUGGAGACAGAAUGCAGUUCUGCUUAUAUUUUCGUGAACAAAAAUAGGGGGAAAGGAAAGAGUUGAACAGAAAGAGGUGAAACGGAAAGACACUCCUUCACAAGCCGGGCAAGGCCACCAAACUUUUGGCCGGCAAUUCACGCCCAGCGUAACGUUCCAGCGUCGCACAACCAUAUGAAUUAUCACUCUUGCAUCGUGGAGUCUCUGCCAUCGGCGGUAACGCCCAUCACUGGCGUCCCGGUCGAGGAGUUGCACGAUUUUUUUAUCGAACCGGAGACUGGAUUACCAAACUCACGGGUUCCCCAGGAGGUGGAUGACAGCUCGAGCGGGCGAGGUGUGGUUCAUCCAUGCGUCAUCUCCUCGCGUGCGCGCCGUUGGGUUUUGAGAGUACGGCGGUGGUGUGAGCCACCGCGAGCUUGCCAAAAUGCACGUCGUGGCGAGUCGCGCUGCGUAGAGGCCGAAGGCCAAAAAUUGUAAAGCUCUUGGUCAUCCCAUAUUCUGUCGCACCAAUUCGAGUUUACACCAGGCUAAGUCGGUGGAUAACGCUAGGCCAGUCUAAGAAAUGCAUCCUCGCGAAACCUUUGCUUCAUCGUCUCGGAAUUGGUUUCUCAAAAGAAGACUCCACCCUAAAAUAUGGGUAGUGCUUGUGUAUGAUUUCCUAGGCUUGGUGGCCCUGAUUGUCAGACACGAGUGAGGAUUCGUUUAUGAGAAAAUCGACUUCAAAGUUACGGCCACGCGUGCUGCCAUAGCACGCCUGAGUGAUGUCACUGCAUGGAAGCGUUAAAACACAUGGGGAUGAUGAUGGCAUUUUGAUGCCACUCAAGUGCUCUGGAGGCACGCAGGAACAUAUUUUUUUUUAAAUAAUGUAUAUCUAUCAUUAACUUAGGUACAUAUCUACAAGAGCGAUUUUGGUUUUGCUGCACGUUCACUUACGACUGAUUUCAAUCUCUCGUGAAUUGAAGUCUCCUUAAGCCUGCUUUCGACUCGUGUCUUGAGCUUUCCUUAAGUCUUUGUUUUACACCUGUUACGAUCUGUUUGCCUUCAUCACUUGUAGUCUAAUACAAACCCUGGUUUAGUCACGGAAGCAUUCACUGUCACGAAUGCCAAAUUGAGUAAUUUGGCUGCCGUUUUAAGUUCAGCGCCCUCGUCAAAUAAAGAAUCUGGGAUGAUCAAGAUGCUAAUUUAUAACUCGUCACGCAACAUUUCAUGGACCGGAAUUCCACGGUCUGCAUCGCUGUAUCCGGUUAUUUUUUGAUUAACGUUUUGUUUGUUAAGUUCGCAACACCCUGCACUGUACAUAUGCCUGCUGCUGGAAUAAACGAGCUGCAGGAAUCGUCGGGCCUUAA